CAUGGUGCUGCUCAUGGUGGUGUCCUAGUUCGAACGGUAUUUUCUCUCUCUUUGCAUGUUUAUAUGUGUAUAAAAAAGUUUACAUUCUAUCUUGACGCGAACUAUUAACAAAGGAAAACAUGUUCUGGAUGCAAGUGAAUAAUAAGUGAAUAAUAAGAGAGUGCAAACAACUUUUAAGAUCAUGCAAGCAGUUUAUCUAAUAAUAAUAAUAAUUUCGUAAAGCAAAUGGCUCGAGUGUUAGUUUACGUGCGGCCCGUUUAUGCAAUCUCCAUUGAUAUAAAAUUGGACAACAAAAUGGACCCUUCUGACUAUGCAAUAAGAAUAAAAGAAGAGCCAAUCGAUCCGGAGAUCUGCGAUGAUUUGUCGCCAGUUGAUACGAAUACAGGGAAUGAAAAUGAAACAGCGACGUUUAAAGGUAAAUCUUCGGAUAACGUUUAUUCUGAAUAUGAAGAAUCCGCGUUUCCUCAAGAAAGUACGUAUCUAAAAAAUAAGAAAUCGGAUCCUGAUAAACGAAAAAGUAAACAUAAAGUACCUUCAAACAACAGAAGCAGUUGCAACGUUUGUUUGUUAACUUUUCGAACUAAACAUUUAUUUGAUCAGCAUAACAAAUUAUAUACCUGUAAUGUAUUUAAGUGUAAUAAUUGCACUGCGAUUUUCACUAUGCAUUUUUCCUUGAUACGUCAUUUAAAGAAACAAUGUCGUACGAAACAAUUGUCUGGAUAUAGAUGUAAUUUUUGUAGCCGAAGGUUUUCCUAUAAAAGACAUAUCCAAUCUCAUUUAUUCCAUGCGCAUGGGAACGCAAUAUUUUCUGGUGAAAGCAAAAUCACGAAAACAUCUCCUGAAUCGUUAGGAAAGUCGAAUCAUUCGGAUGGUAUAGCCAUGGCAGAAUCAAAUACUUCACACAGUCCCUGCCCAAAAAACGUAGAUAGCUCAAUAAAUAUACCUUUGAUACCAUCUAAUAGUUUAAACAGUACAUCCACCAAGGGUUCGAACAGCGAUAUCAAGUCUACGCACCCGAAAUGGUUAAACGAUUCGCAUUGUACAAAUUCGAAAAGGAUGAAGCAGACCGUCCUUACAGACUUCAUAUCGACGUACAAAAACAAACCGAAUGACAAAUGGGUUAGCCCGGAAAAAGUUAUCGAUACGGAGAAUAUUCCUGUUACUGCGACUAUUAUUCCAACUUCAACGUUCGACACAUUUAGUAACAAGACAUCAACGGCUGCAGAAGUUAUUCAGAUGUCUACUUCUGUUGAGCGAAUCGAAUCUCCUGUUAGGAAACGACCAUUUGUUCAAAUUCAUGUGAAUUUAAAAACAAUGAUAUCUUUAUUAAGGAACGAAAUAAAAGCUGAACCUGGAAGCUCUAAUACCUUGCGCAAUACGCCUUACAACCUUAGGUCAGUGAAAAGAUGUUUUUCUUCUUUAUAUGAUUUUUACGAUUUAUUGGAGUUUGAGACCUUUGGAAGAUCAAGACAAUCUUUUAAAAGAAACAAGUUCCCCUAUAUAUUUGACCAAAGUAGAAGAUCUGCACCUGAAGCUAAGUAUAAAGAAUGCGUGGUCCGUUUGGAGAAAUGCGACAAAUUCUUGAAGCCUACUAGUUUUGUGUCAGGCCAAGACGAAGACGAAAACUAAAAGAAAAAGGAAAACGAAGACGCUUUCAAGCAAGCAGUAUCGAAAAAUGUGAAAGAGGAAAUUGAAGGUUUUCGUGAAACAAGCUCGACAUGUAACUUGCCUUUGAAAGCUGACACGAUUGCGUCAAAGC